UCGGAAAUAAGCGCACAGAAGCGAAGCGCGGUGGACGGCAGGUGGCUGGAGAGUGGAUAAGUUAAGCGCAGAAUGGGAGAGGAGGAAGAGGAAGAGGAAGACCAGCUCGAGUAAGUAAGAGAGAGAGAGGGAGAGGGAAGGAGAGCAUACAGAUUGCCCUGAAAACAGAGCAAGCGCUACAGGAGCCAAGAUGGCGGUGUCAAUGAUGAGACUCCGCCAUGCCCGCGAUUCCGACGCUCGGGCACAGCUCUCGCAUCCCGUCCAUUUUGAUCAGGGCUUUUAUAUGGAGGACAUUGUGAGCAAUUCCGAACUCACGAGAAGAAAGGGUAAAUCACAAGGAGGAGCUUUUCCUGGGGCCGGGAAGCCACAGCUACAUUAUGUAUGCGCUUCUAGUGUUGUAAAACCCAAACCAGCUCCCAAAAAUUUUCUUCGAGAUUUUCUUGAGGGAGCGGCUGCUGGAGCAACCGCAGGUGUAGUUGUUGAAACUGCUUUGUACCCAAUCGACACAAUCAAAACUCGGCUUCAGGCAGCACGUGCUGGUGGGCAAAUUAACUUCAAGGGACUGUACUCAGGUCUAGCGGGAAAUAUAUUUGGUGUACUACCGGCAUCGGCUAUAUUUAUUGGUGUGUAUGAACCUGUGAAGCGCAAGUUGUUGGACAUUUUUCCAGAUCAUCUGAGUUCUGUCGCCCAUUUGACAGCAGGGGCAGUAGGAGGUGCAACAGCUUCAUUAAUUCGUGUCCCUACAGAGGUUGUGAAGCAGAGGAUGCAAACAGGACAAUUUGCAUCAGCUCGAACUGCUGUUUCGUCUAUAGUGGCGAAGGAAGGCGUGAGAGGAUUGUACGCGGGAUGUGGCGCGUUCUUGUUGAGGGAUCUGCCUUUCGAUGCCAUACAGUUCUGUAUUUACGAGCAGCUGAAAAUUGUAUACAAGAGAACUGUCAAUAGAGACUUGUAUGAUGCUGAAAAUGCAAUCAUGGGUGCCUUCUCAGGUGCCGUGACUGGUGCAGUUACCACCCCUUUGGAUGUCAUUAAGACACGGUUGAUGGUUCAGGGUUCUGGCGGGCACUAUAAGGGAAUCGCUGACUGUGUCGCAAAGAUUAUCAAAGAAGAAGGCGCAGGAACGUUGUUGAAGGGUAUCGGGCCAAGAGUGAUGUGGAUCGGCAUUGGAGGCUCCAUCUUUUUCACAGCCCUGGAAAGAACUAAACAACUUCUAUCUCAAGCAUCUCCGCCAAAAGUGGAGGAUUUUCCUUCCGCCCGCACUGCUUAGUUUUACUCAUUCUACAAUUCUUUCGCUUCAUUUAGGAUUCAGACUCUAAUCCUCCAUAUUUGUUUCUCCGAGGUAGAUGUGAGAGUAAUUCUUGUCCUAUAGAGAAAGGUACUUACCGGAUGAUUUGUCAGUCUAUUGAGGAAAUAAUUAUUGGAAGUAUGAAUAAAUAUUUUCUUCAGGGUAUCAUG